UUUUUUCUUUCCUCUUUACGCCACCGCACCACUUCACCGCCAAUGGAUUUGGACUACGUGAAGCUCGGCGAUGGAAGAUUGGUAGCGUUUCGGGAGCUGGGCUGCCCGCGCGAGGCGGCGUUGCGAUCGCUCCUGGUUCUCCACGGACUUGGAUCGUCCCGGAUCGCAGCGAUUCCUGGUGUUCGCCAGGAGCUCCUGGAGGAAUUUGGCGUGCGGCUGGUCGUGAUUGACAGGGCAGGAUAUGGCAAGAGCGAUCCCGACCCCAACCAGACCCUGCGCUCGUCGGCGGUGGAUUUGGAGGCCAUCAUCGACAAGCUGGAGCUGGGGCGCAGGGUGUGGCUCCUCGGAUACUCGGGCGGCGCUGGCUACUGCUGGGCUGCCGCGCGGUACAUUCCUCACAGGAUCCACGGCAUUGCUCUCUGGGCGCCCGUUGGAAACUACUGGUGGAAGGGAAUUUCGGAUGCUCAGCGCAAGUCCAUGAUCUCGACUCUCACUCCAAACACCAAGCUUCUCUUCUCGUAUAUGAAGUAUGUUCCACCUUCGAUCCUCCGCCUCUAUGCGCGAUUUGUGCUCGCUCGCCGAGCGGGGCAGCGAUGGGUGGAUCACUGCAAGGCGACGCUUUCUCCCCCGGAUCAAAAGCACCUCGCGCAGCACGAAUUCGCCGGACUCCUGCUCAAGGACAACCUUGAGUCGAUCACUUUCAACCAAGGCGCUGGGCUGGCCAAGGACUUGGAGCUGCUUUGCUCCUGCGACUGGGGAUUCGAGCUUGACGAGGUUGGGCGGUGCUUCGCGGGGCCGAUCCACAUCUGGCAGGGAAGCGACGACCGGCUGGUGUCGCUGGAGCUGCAGCGCUGGAUCAAGUCGACGCUGCCGCAGACGGUGGAGCUCCAUGAACUCGACGGCGAGGGCCAUCUUUCGUGGUUUUGCUUCAACGACGACUCGCAUCGCCGUGUGUUUGAGACGCUCUUCGCCCAAUCCCCUGCGUCGGAGAUGUCAUAUCGAUCAAGCGAUCGCUCCUAUUCUACGAGGAGAAAACUAGAGAACGCGAACCUGGUUUAAGCAAGCUCGCCAUCGACCGUUUUCGCUUGAUUGUAAACGAGCUAACGAACACUUAUCGCAACUUGAGUUUUCAUCCAAA